GUUGGGGUUGAGUAAGGGAGGAAGCCACGUUGACAAAAAGUAGUGUUUUGUCUCAUUCCCAGGCUGGCGAAUAACGGUACUUUAUUUGCAUCUUUCAACUCCGGAUUAGAACAACUAAAAAAAGAAUGAGCGUUGGGUUCAUCGGAGCCGGCCAACUGGCUCAUGCGUUGGUCAAAGGUUUCACCGCUGCAGGGGUGAUUGCUACCCAAAGAAUAACCGCCAGUUCUCCGGACACAGACCUGCCAACUGUUGCUGGACUGAGGAAAAUGGGGGUACAUCUGACCACCAGUAACAAGGAGACAGUCAGUAAGAGUGAUGUGCUGUUCUUGGCUGUAAAGCCACACAUCAUCCCCUUUGUCCUGGAUGAGAUUGGACCUGAUAUUGAGGACCGCCAUCUCAUUGUGUCCUGUGCUGCAGGUGUCACCAUCAGCUCCAUAGAGAAGAAGCUACUUCAGUAUCGGACAGCUCCUAAGGUGAUGAGGUGUAUGACUAAUACUCCAGUGGUGGUGAGAGAGGGAGCUACUGUUUAUGCCACUGGAACACACGCAGAGGUGGAGGAUGGCAGGUUACUGGAACAGUUGAUGGCCAGUGUGGGCUUCUGUACAGAGGUGGAGGAGGACCUCAUUGAUGCUGUCACUGGGCUUAGUGGUAGUGGACCUGCCUAUGCAUUCACAGCUCUAGAUGCCUUAGCUGAUGGAGGAGUUAAGAUGGGUCUGCCCAGGAGACUGGCUGUUAGACUCGGAGCUCAGGCCCUACUGGGAGCGGCUAAGAUGCUGCUGGAAUCCGAACAGCACCCUGGCCAGCUGAAGGACAAUGUUUGCUCACCAGGGGGCGCCACCAUUCAUGCUCUGCAUUUCCUGGAGAGUGGCGGCUUUCGCAGCCUUCUGAUCAAUGCUGUGGAAGCUUCAUGUAUUAGGACUCGGGAGCUGCAGUCUCUGGCAGACCAAGAGAGGAUCUCUCCAGCUGCCAUUAAGAAGACCACACUGGAUAAGGUUCUGCAGCAGCCUGGUGUUAGUGUGAGUGGAACAGCCAAUGGCAACGGCAAACCAGGACUCAGCCUCUUCAACGGUCGCAGCCCCGGGAUCAAGAAAAAGAACUGAGUGCACAGAUUAAUUUCCCAUAUUUAAGUCUGCAAACAUUCGCAUACAUGCAUACAUACUAGAUUUCCACAAAACCCCACCAGAGAAAAACCUUUAGAAUGAACUAUGAUCUGGAAUUGCAUCCAGAUGCCUAUGCCAAACCGUGCAUGUCUAUAAACAGGUUACAUGCAAACCAACCGGGCUAUGUCCCCACCAAAGUAUAUGCAAGCACCCAUGUACACCGCAUGUGUGAAGUGCACAGAUUCAAAGCCUUACAUUGUGAUAGAGGACUUCUGUUGACACACAUACACACACACACAUAUACAUGCAUAGACAUUCAAAAACAAACAAGUAAAAGUUGACUUGCAGUCUGCUGUCUUGUCUGCUCGGUCUUUUGAUUAAUACUGUGAGUGUGCCCAGUUAAAUGGUAAUGACCCAGUGGCCAUCAUGAAAUCUUAAAGCACACCAGGCAGCAGAUGGCAGUUGUGAUACCAUCUUGCUUUUAAAUGUAGGUAUUUCUUAUCCCCCCCCCCCUUACCUGGAAUGAAGCCGCAUCAUGCAACUAAAACCUUUGCUUUCUUUUGCCAUCAUGACACAAUCAUUUUUGUGUCCUUGUGUUUGAAGGGCCCAUAUUGUUAAUGCUGUAGGAUAUAUAAGCUGCGUUAGAUGUUUUUUUUUUAAUAUAUAUAUAUAUAUAUAUAUAUAUAUAUAUGACAAAGUUGUAUAUAUUGAUAAUUUUCAUCAUUUGUUUAAUAUCUUAAUAGGUUCUGUUGCUCACUUUAUACAUGGUGCUAUAUGGAAUGUUACGGUAACACAAACUUUAUUAGACGUCUGAUGAUGGCUUCUUCCUCGGGUCCCUGUCUUUAAUUCCAGUUCGUCUGUCAUUUUGUAGACAUUGUCGAUCUGCAAGCCAAAUCAAAGCUGUAUCAUAGAAGUUCUAACUUUUUAACUUGUUAUGAAGUCGCUCAUGUUUUCUGUAAUGAGGGAAUUUUAAUGAUAUUACCUGAAAAUGUUAAUGAAAAACUAAACUAACUUUAUAUCCGUGCUCAAA